ACGGGAGGGCCACGACCAGAGAGGAUGAGCUGGAGCGGUGGUCUUUUUUUUGUCGUCAAUGCUCAGUGAUUAAGGGUUUCAAGAUGAUUUUAAGACAGAACUAGCGAGUUUCUUCAUAUUCUUUUUGCGCGUAAAAAUUGAAGAAACAAAGAGGUGGCGAUGCGCGUACAAGGGGAGAGUGUGUCCGGACAGCUCUGAAGGAGUGGAGCAUGUAACCGCGAGAAACCCACCUGACACUUGCCUCAGCUCCUCGCUCUUCACCGUGGAGGCUGCUCCGUGUGUGCUGUGAACCUCUUUACUAUUUGGGAUUGGAUCUUUUGGGAAAUGGCCGAGGAAGUGUCAGAAGUCCCCAAAGAACUCGUGGACAGUGUGAGGGAUGCAGUUGGGAGGAAGGUGAAGCUGUCGCUGAGGAGGAGAGUUAAACUGGAGAUCAAAGGAGACAAGACGGAGAACCGGGUCCUGGCACUGGCAUCACACAGAGUGUACCUCUUGACAGCUCGUAUUCCUGCUAAGGUGGAGCACUCCCUUAACUAUCUGGAGAUUCAGGGAAUUGCGUGUAAUAAACCUACACAGCUGUCAAUAGAGUAUGACCGUGGAUCCUUCUCGCUGAAGCUGCUUUCCACAGAAGAAGUCAAUGAAGUUGUGGCACACAUUGGAAUAUGUAUGCAAAGGAUCUGUCCAGGUCUACCACCACCAAAAGUUAUGAAGAAGCUUAGCAUGGAGCCUCCGGACAGGCUGACCUCUUUACAAACACAGUGGGAAAACCACAAGCCUGCAGAACCUGGGCCCUGUGGUGGCUUUUCUCAGAUGUACCGAUGUGUUUGUGACUGGCUUGGAUUGCCUUACAGAGAAGAGGUGCAAUGGGAUGUAGACACCAUCUAUUUAACACAAGAUUCGAGAGAACUCAACCUGCAGGAUUUCAACCAUUUGGAAAACAGAGACCUGGUGGCCAUAAUCGCAGUGUUGGAGUUUAACCAGUGGUUUACUAAGCUAUCCACCAAGGACUGUAAACUGUCUGCAGAUGUGUGUGAGGAGAUCCUAAGAGUGGUAUCAAGAUCAAGUCGACUGGAAGAAUUGGUUCUGGACAAUGCAGGACUGAAAACAGAUUUUGCCCAAAAGCUCGCUGCUGCCCUGGCGAGCAACCCUAGCUCAGGACUUACUACCAUUAAUCUCGCCAACAACCCUCUGGAGGAUAGAGGUAUUUCAUCUUUAGGUGCUCAGUUUGCCAAACUUCAAAUGGGACUAAAACAUUUAAACUUUUCUAAGACCUCACUAUCACCCAAAGGGGUGAACAGCCUUUGCCAGUCCCUCAGUGCCAACCCGUCCAUCCCCGGCAGCCUGCUCCAUCUGGAUCUCUCAGGGAACAUGCUCAGAGGAGACGACAUGCAGCAUUUUUACCAUUUCCUGGCUCAACCAAACAGCUUGUCAACCCUUGAUUUAUCCAACACUGACUGCUCCUUGGAUCAGGUUUGCUCCGCUCUGCUGCGAGGAUCAACCCAACAUCUCUCAGUGCUCAAUAUGUCAAAAGGUGUCUUCCCCCAUAGGAAAGGCAAAGAGGUGCCGCCAUCGUUUAAGCACUUCUUCAGCAGUGCCAUGUCUCUCAGCUUUGUCAAUGUGUCAGGAACCAAGCUGCCUCCAGAAGCCCUCAAAGCGCUGUUGUUGGGGCUGGCUAGUAAUGUCAAUGUCAAAGAUGUAUCGCUAGACCUCAGCUGCUGUGAGUUGCGAUCUGGAGGUUCUCAGAUCCUUGAAAGUUGCAUUGCAGAAAUCCCAAAUAUCUACAGCCUGGAUAUUUCUGAUAAUGGCCUAGACUCAGACCUGUCCACUCUUCUUGUCUGGUUGGCUAAGAAUCGCUCCAUCAGGCACUUAUCUUUGGGAAAGAAUUUCAACAAUAUCAAAUCAAAAAACUUGGCACCAGUGCUGGAUAGUCUAGUACAUAUGAUUCAGGAGGAAGAGUCGUCCCUCACCUCUCUGUCUCUAGCAGACUCCAAACUCAAAACUGACCUGACUAUUGUCCUGAAUGCACUGGGCAGCAAUACCUCCCUCACCAAGCUGGAUAUCAGUGGGAAUGCCAUGGGUGACAUGGGAGCCAAGAUGUUGGCAAAGGCACUGCAAAUCAACUCUAAACUCAGGACUGUGAUCUGGGACAGGAACAACACCAGCCCUCAGGGUCUACAGGAUGUGGCGGCUGCUUUGGAAAAAAACUUCACAAUUCGAUUCAUGCCCAUUCCCAUCAUCGAUGCCUCCCAGGCUUUGAAGGCGAAUCCAGAGAAAACAGAGGACGCCUUACUAAAGAUUGAAAAUUACUUAUACAGGAACCAUGAAACCAGAAAAUACUUGCAAGAACAGGCCUAUCGUCUUCAGCAGGGCAUUGUGACCACAACCACACAAACGGUUAUUGACAGAAUAUGUGUAAAGGUUCAAGACCAUUUGAACUCUUUGAGAAACUCAGAAGCAGAUACAAUAGUGGAAGAUGUGAAAUCCGCUGAAAACCUCAUUAAGGAUGCAAGAAAUUCAAAAACUCUGCUCCCUAACCUGUACCAUCUGGGCUUGUCUUCUCGAGAGGAGGUCAACAGCUCUUCAAUGGGGCCCAUUCAGGAAAAGCUGGAGUCUAUGGCCGGAGAGGUCACCACAGUUAUGGACCAACAGCUUCAAACCUUAUUGGAGUCUAUGGUGGAUGCAGCCGAGCGCCUUUGUCCACAUGUGAUGAAGAGGAGUAACCUUCGUGCAGAGCUGUUGAAAGCUAGUUCAUCCAAAAUUCUUGUUCCCAAGAGUUUUGUCACUAGAACUCUCUUGGAGCAGUCAGGAGUCGAUAUUAUCAACAAAAUCAGUGAGGUAAAGUUGAGUUUGGCAUCAUUCUUGUCAGAUCGUAUUGUGGAUGAAAUUUUAGAAGCACUUUCUACAUCACAGCAUACACUGGCAGACCAUCUGGUGCAGAGAGGACGUCCAUUGGUGCAGCAGGAGUCCGUGGAUCUUGAUGUCCCAGAGGAGAAGAUCCCUAAACGGGCCUCCACUGAGAUUUUGGAGGGGGAAAGACUGGAUGACUUGGAGACCUGCAUGAUGACUCCCAAAUCCAAGAGGAAAAGCAUCCACAGUAGAAUGCUUCGACCAGUAUCCCGUGCCUUUGAGAUGGAGUUUGAUCUGGACAAAGCCCUGGAGGAUGUCCCUGUUCAUGUAGAAGACUCAGCAGUCUCUCAGCCCACGCCUGAUUCAGCCCCAUCCAAACAGGAGCAAAGGUCUUCAGGGGGAAUGAUGACUCUGCCGUCUGAGGAAGAGAAGAAACUACAACACUUCACCAAACUACGGCCACGCAGAAACAAGAAAACACACUCUAGCAAAGUACCAGCAUUCAGCACUACAUUAUCCCAGGAUGGAGAGCAGAAUGGGCUCAUGGGACGGGUGGAUGAAGGCGUGGAUGAGUUCUUCUCUAAAAAGGUCUCGAAACUGGACUCAAAACGUUCCUCAAAGAGUUCCGAAUCUCAUGACGGAGAGAAGAAAAAGAAGGGAGGUUUUCUGAACCUGAUCAAGCGGUCGUCCAAAGACAAACCUGACAAACCGGACAAAUCAGACAAAUCAGACAAAUCAGAGAAGAACCAUCCCAUUGCUAUAUCCACCACAACGUCCUCCUCCAGUAUUCCAGAAGAGCCCUCCUCACCUAAGGUGGCGCUACGGAGCCCAGCACAUGAGCCAAAAUCUCGGGACACAUCGAGUCGUUCUCAGCCCGCAGACUACAGCAGCAGCUCGGACCGAUCAGAAGACUUGAGGACCCCAGACUCUAUGGAUGAGCCAUGGGAGGGGUCAGACGGGCGAGGGAGUCCCCAGGGAGGGAAGAGGCAUCCUGGGGUGCAGAUGAUCGGCAGCGGGCUCCUGGCUGAGAUGAAGGCCAAACAUGAGAGGAGAGUUCAUAAGUCUUCCAGCCCAGACAGACCUGAGAGCAAUACAGCAGCUAAGCCACAGCCCUCCACUCCUGAAAACCGAUCUCCCAGCAGUCCCAUGGGUAAACCUGACUUUUCUGCAGCCCCCCUAGAAAAGCCACCUUCUCAUGGAGAAAACAAGCCUGAAACGGCUCCUCGUGUUCGGGCUGCAUCCUCGUCUGGUCCCCCUGGAGGACCCGUUAGUCCUAAACCUCAAGUCCCACCAGGGGCUAAACCUGCUCUGGCUGCACGGCCCACCAUCCCACAGAAACCAAGGACAACCAGUACCAGUAAGAGCACUGAUGAGAGCCCAGAUUCUCCAAGCAGUGCAUCUCCCAAAACCAAUAAUCGACCUUCAACACUAAAAAAAGCCCAGUCAGAAAAGGACAAAGAUGGACAGAGCAAUAAAUGCUCCAAGGAAGUGAAGGCACCAUCAGAGACUGUUCAACUCUCCAGCCAGACUAACUCAGAGGAGCAUGGUCCUCUCAAGCCUAAGGAGCUCUCCUCAAAUGCCAAGGACAAAGGGGCAAAGAAGCCGGGCUCUGGAGAAGAAGCAGAUAAUGAAAUUAUUUUGAUCUGACUGAAGGACUUUCACUGUUGGACCUCAGACAUUCUUCCAGCAGACAAACACUAAUUCAAUUGUUUUUUUCACCUUUACCAGGGGUUACAUGUUAAGACCAUAAGCAUAAGGUCAUGUUUGAGGAGGAUUGCCUUUGAUAUUAACCAACCAUUACCUAGUGAACCAAACUGCAUAACUGCCAUUAGAGCUUCCUUGAUUUUACUGUGUAAAAAUGUCAUGCCUCAAAUACUAUGUUGGAGAUUCAUUUGAGCAAAAAAUCAGCUUGAUACAAGGUUUUGGGAGCAGUUGAUGAAUCAAAAGGCACACCACACCAUAUUGUUGUACUAAUCUAAAUAUAAUAAAUGCCUUUCUGCUGUGUUCCAGUAGCUUGCUCCCAGGGACCAACCACAUCAGUGUCACAGUACUGUAUUUCCAUAUACUAAUGCACUAGACCCCUGUAACAGUCGUUUCUGUAUCUAAUCUAAUCUUUGUCAAAUUUAUUUAUAGUGUACAGAUAUUUUUUUCUUUAUCAUUAUUAUUUUCUGUUCUUUUGGGUUAUUCAACAACCUACCAAUAUGCAAUUCAUAUUUGUUAUAGAAGAACACAGGCUUUGCUGAGCAUCUCAGCCCACUUUGUAGUAAGUCAUUAUUUAAUGGACUUUCUUUUGUAGCUAAAUAUCUGGAGAUGGAGGGGCCUAAUGACGUGUCUGCUUUGUGAGAACUACAGUGUAAGAACUUAAGCAAUAUCAAAUCAUGUAAGGCUUAGCACUGUUACUAUCUUUAUCACUGUGGACAUGACGGCUGAGUUAACAGUGUCAUUUUGUCAGUGUAUCAUGAAAACUAACUUAAAGAUUGGUACAUGAGCGUACCAUUGCAGUUUUCUCACUAUUAAAACUUACUGAGUUUAAUUCUGUUUAAAAGCAUGACACUGAGGGAACUCCAGCCUAAAACCACACUCCACUUUUCCUCUUUGAUACUUCAGGGAUGUCUUUUGAAUACAGAAUCAAACUUUUCUCUAUGGUCUAUUUUCAUGAGCUAAAAAUCAACAAAGAUGUCACUAACUCCUGUAUUUUCUCUUGUGAUAACCUACAAGCUGCUGCGGUCUGCUCACAGUAUUCUAUAGCAAAUUGGAUAAAAUCUUGCAGCCUUUUCACUUCUUUAGGAGCAAAGGUCUGACUGUUGCACCUUUAGCUAUGCUAUGUUCUGAAUGUUUUUUCUAUGACCUCUUAAAUUUAAUAAUUUGGUGUUUAGUUUGCAAAUAGUACUGGUUGUGCAGUUAAUCCAUUGACAAUUGUUCAGUAAUGGCAUUCAUAAUGUAUUUGAACCAAAUGUUCUGGACAAUUUGGAAUAUAACACUUGGCUGCUCCUCUUCUCCUCCAGAGGCACAGAUUAUGUUUCUCUCAAAAUGAUCAUUUUCAGCUUCAGAAAGAGCACCUUUUUUUUGGUCAGUGUUUGAAGUGGAGCCAGUAAAAGCUGCAUAGCAUUGCAUCCUCUUGUGUGUGACUGCAUGACGGUGUUUGUAUAUAUGUGCUUCUUCUGUUGGUCUGUAUAUGGGCUGUCUGCCAUGUGGACAUCCCAUGUGCCUACCCCAAUGUAAGUGCUAAUUGUCUCAUUGGUAUUAAGUACCAAACUUUAUGGAUUUGUAUAAUUUCAAUUCAAAAAGGAGACCAUUGGUCCAUGGUUGUUUUCUCUUUAUUGUGUAUAUUGUGUUUAUAAAUUCUGAAAUUAAUUACCUGUAUGUUUUGUUGGUGAAUUCAGUUAUUAAUGUAUUGUUGCUUUUGUUGAGUAAAUACUGCUAAUGUUGUUUUGUUUUUCCUUGAGUGGAAAAAAUGUGUUGCUCAUGAUGAGUCUCAAUGAGUUUUAUUUUGUCUUAGACUAAUGUUCCACUAAGUCACACUGCUGUUCACAUCUUUUGUGCAAAUCGUAUUAAUUAUUAUUAAAUUACUUUUACAAGCUUUAAA